GAAUAUUUGCCGGUUAGGGUUAGCUAGCUAGUCAAAUGGCUUGGUAGCCGAAGUUGCGAACUGUUUUAGCAUAGGCUACUGGACUACCACAUAUAGCAAAUAAGCGUUAGCUGAUUACGCUUUCUGCCAACUAAUUAUUUGGUUAAGUGGGCUAAAGGAAAUAGUAAAAAUGACUCGGCUACCGCAAAACUUCAGAGGAGGAUUAUUUUAUGGUCGUCUAGUGCAGCUGUAAAUAGCACACGCUAUAAUGAAACCACUACAAAAUGGGAUGCCUGCAUUUUCUGACUUCGCACAGGUGGACCGUGGUCGGAGCCGCAAUGUCAAGGCCAAGAGACGCCACCUCCCACCCCGGUGACCACAGAUUGUAGCCCCUACUGUAGCUCAGUCCUCUGCAGUAAUCCGGAAGUGACGCAAGCUGUACCUCAUUGGUCCAGAACAAAUAUUGGCACUGUGCCCAAAUGACGCAAUAAAUCAUGAAAUCGACCCAUGGACAGUCAUAAGACGAAUAAAAUACACCUAUUAUGACUAUUUGUUCUUGUGAGAAAAAAUGAUUGACUUUGUAUUUUGAUCGCAUUUGUACCGUAGACUUACAUGGAAACCGGAUAUGAAAACACCUAUACUGGAGCCAUCCGUAGUGGCGCUAGUGAGCAACCAGGAACUACAACACCAGGAAAUGAGCUUCAAAAACGAAGUCUGGUUUUGGCCUCUUGGUUAGGGCACACGGUGGGGAGAGUGACGUACGCCACACACACACACAUCACUGCUAAAAACAAACUGAUCUGGGUUCCAACCGCACUGUGGAUCUCAUUAAGACCGAGAGCCUGGACAAUGAAGAGCUGGGAUAUGUAGCCAGUUUUCAUCCUGACCCAAUGAAAACAGAGACAGAUGAUGAUGAUGAUGAUGAUGAUGACGAAGGAGGCUACAGAGCAGGACUUGGACCUGCAAGAUAAUAAACGUGUUGAUAUUAAAUCCGAUCAAAUUAAGUGUGAAUCCAGUGACUGUUCAGUGAGUGAUCUCAUGAAUAGCAGUAAGGAAUCUUUGAUACACUCUCAGUGUGUGAAGUCUUUCAAUCAGCCUAGUCCUUUAAAUCAACACAUGAUGAGUCAUAGAAGUGACACACACUACAAAUGCACCCAAUGUGAGAAGUGUUUGAUCUAGUUUAAAUAAACACCUGGAAAUUCAUACAGGUGAAGAGCCUUACAAGUGUACUCAAUGUGGAAAGGGUUUCUGCCUUGGAAGUGUUUUAAAAAAACAUUUGAGAAUCCAUACAGGUGUAAAGCCCUGCAAAUGCAUUGAUUGUGGGAGGUGUUAUAUGAAUGAAUCUGAUUUAAAUGAACACCUGACAACUCAUGCUGGUAAAAAGCCCUGCAGAUGUAUCCAUUGUGGGAAGGGUUUUAGAUAUGCAUCUAGUUUAAAGGCACACCUGAGAAAUAAUACAAGUGACGCAUCCUACGACUGUACUAAGUGUACGAGGGGUUUCAGGUAUAAAUGUGGGUUAAUUGAACACCUGAAAAUUCAAAAAGUCAUUCAAAUGUAUUCAGUGUGGGAAGUGUUUUGAAUUAAUGUCCAGUUUACUUAGACAUAGAGUAACUCAUACAAGUGACACUCCCUACAAAUGUACUCAGUGUGGGAAGUGUUUCCAAAAAAGAUAUAGUCUAAAUAAACACCUGAUAAUUCGUACAGGUGAAAAGCCUUAUAGAUGUACUCAGUGUUGGAAGUGCUUUAACAUCAAAUAUAAUUUAAAUCAGCACCUGAAAAUUCAUUCUGGUGAAAAGCCCCACAAAUGUAUUCAUUGUGGGAAGUGUUUCUGCCAAAAACCUAGCUUUAAGCAACACCUGAGAAUUCAUAAAGGGGAAAAGCCCUUCAAAUGUACUGAUUGUGGGAAGGGUUUCUGCCAAAAACCUAGCUUAAAGCAACACCUGAGAAUUCAUUCUAGUGAAAAGCCCCACAAAUGUAUUCAUUGUGGUAAGUGUUAUAUAUAUGAAUGUCAUUUAAAUGCACACCUGAGAAUUUAUACCGGUGAAAAGCCCUUCAAAUGUACUGAUUGUGGAAAGUGUUAUAGAUAUGCAUCUUCAUUAACAAACCACCUGAGAAUUCAUAAAGGGGAAAAGCCCUUCAAAUGUACUCUUUGUGGGAAGUGUUAUAGAUGCGCAUCUUCAUUAACAAACCACCUGAGAAUUCAUAAAGGGGAAAGGCCCUUCAAAUGUACUCUUUGUGGGAAGUGUUAUAGAUGCGCAUCUUCAUUAACAAACCACCUGAGAAUUCAUAAAGGGGAAAGGCCCUUCAAAUGUACUCAUUGUGGGAAGUGUUAUAGAUAUGCAUCUUCAUUAACAAACCACCUGAGAAUUCAUAAAGGGGAAGGGCCCUUCAAAUGUACUCUUUGUGGGAAGUGUUAUAGAUGCGCAUCUUCAUUAACAAACCACCUGAGAAUUCAUAAAGGGGAAAGGCCCUUCAAAUGUGCUCAUUGUGGGAAGUGUUAUAGAUAUGCAUCUUCAUUAACAAACCACCUGAGAAUUCAUACCGGUGAAAGGCCCUUCAAAUGUAGCUACUCUUUGUGGGAAAUGUUAUAGAUAUGCAUCUUCAUUAACAAACCACCUGAGAAUUCAUAAAGGGGAA